UAAACCACUCGUUUAGGCUCCCAGGCCACUCCCUUAUCCAACAUCCAUCCAUGUUCUUUACCGCAUUUAUUAAUUAGCUUCAAGACGACGACCAUGGACGUCCUCAAAAGACCUCCAAAACCAAAUGCACUAACGAUGUUUGGUUCAAUUUGCAUUCAUUCUCUUCGGUUUCGCAUGUUAAUGGCUCUUCUACUUCUGAAUCUUUUACAAGUUUGCUCGGAGCUUGCAUUCUCUGGAGGCUCGAUGGUUAAGUUUCUUCCUGGUUUCCACGGACCUCUUCCUUUCGAGCUUGAAACUGGAUAUGUGGGAGUGGGUGAAUUAGAGGAUGUGCAGCUCUUCUACUACUUUGUUAAGUCGGAGAGAAAUCCUGAAGAGGACCCCAUCCUGCUCUGGUUAACCGGUGGCCCUGGUUGCUCUGCUUGGUCCGGUCUCGUGUUUGAAAUAGGUCCAUUGAAUUUUAAGAUGGAGGAGUACAAUGGAAGCCUGCCGGAGUUGGUCAUAAAUCCAUAUUCAUGGUCAAAGGCAUCUAGCGUAAUAUUUGUGGACUCGCCUGUUGGCACUGGAUUUUCCUACGCAAAAACUCCAGGUGGUUCCCUGACGGGCGACUUCAAGCAAGUAGACCACCUCCAUCAAUUUCUCAUCAAGUGGCUGGUUGAUCAUCCAGAAUUUGUCUCGAACCCAGUCUACGUGGGUGGGGAUUCGUAUUCGGGCAUUCCCAUUCCAAUCCUGGUGCAAAAAAUCUCAAAUGGAAUUGAAGAAGGUAUUGAACCAUUGAUAAACCUCCAGGGAUACUUGCUGGGGAAUGCCGUAACAGAUCCAAGUACAGACGGAAAUUCAGCAAUCCCACACGCUCACGGACUGGGACUCAUUUCUGAUGAACUCUACGAGUCAUUGAAGACAAGUUGUGAAGGAGAGUAUGCAUAUAUAGAUCCCGGAAAUGCAGACUGUUCUAAAGAUAUUCAGGCCUUCUAUGCGUGUAUUUCAGCACUUAAUACGGGGCAGAUUUUGGAACCUCUGUGCGGUUUUGCUUCUCCUAAGCCAGCAAUGUUUGGUAAAAGAAGAUCCCUUUACGAAAAUCUCAGAGUAUGCCUGGAGGACCCCAUCCCCGACCCAUCAGUUCCCGUACUCGGCUGUCGCAGUUAUGGAUAUUUGCUUUCUGGUUAUUGGGCUAACGACGAUGGUGUCCGCAAAGCAAUUAACAUACGCGAGGGAAGUAUAGGGGAAUGGCAACGUUGCAAUUAUGGAUUGCGUUAUACACAAGAUGUUCACAGCACUUAUGACUAUCACGUUAACCUGAGUAUUAAAGGCUACCGUUCUUUGAUAUACAGCGGUGAUCAUGACAUCAUAGUGCCGUUCUUGGGGACUCAAGCCUGGAUUAGAUCUUUAAACUACACCAUUGUCGAUGACUGGAGGCCGUGGACCGUCCACGGCCAAGUUGCUGGGUACACAAGGACUUAUUCCAACAGGAUGACAUUCGCAACUGUGAAGGGUGGAGGGCACACCGCACCCGAGUACAAGCCUGAAGAAUGUUUAGCCAUGUUCAAAAGGUGGAUAUCUCACGAAUCUUUGUGAUCAUCUCCAGCCCGCCGCGCGCAUAGCCAUGCAUGGAUAUGCCAUAUCAACCCAUUACAAAGACAAAAUAAUUUAGAGAAAAUACCAAAAUUGUUCACCAACUAGAAAAUUUGUUGGGCAAAACUAUAAUGCGAUCCUGUAUCUUGCAAAUAAUACCCAUGUGACUUGACUGUCGAAUCAAAACAAAACGUCACAGCUAAGUGCUGGUCAGACUCUUUACUGGUUCCACUUA